UCCGAGUAUAAUCAAAACGUUUUCAACUCUUCCAGGGGAAGUUUCUUAGCAAAUACUCAGAACCGUCCAUAAAAUAAAAGAAUUCAGUGAAAAUGCGCGCCUUCAACGUUUGCUUAGCACUGGUGCUGUUCGUGGCGAUGCUGGUCGGCACCAGCGGUAAUCCCGUCGGCGAUAAUGCUGAGCUCACUUUUGAGACAGCCGAGCAACCGUUAACUUUGUUUGAUGUCGACGCGCAGCAAGGACAUGAGAAUGAAGGCGAUCGCUUGGCGCGGGGCUACGGUGGCUACCGUGGUGGUUAUGGUGGUUAUCGUGGCGGAUAUGGUGGUUAUCGUGGCGGAUACGGUGGAUACCGCGGAGGAUAUGGUGGAUACGGCGGUCGUCGUGGUGGUUAUUAUGGUUAAAAUAACGACAAAUAUAAGCAAAAAUAAUAUUUAUCAUUAAUUUGUGUUGUGAAAUUACAAAAAGUUAUGUUAUAAAGUUAAUAAAAUUUUGCCAAAA